AACCCGGCUCUGCAGUUUACAACGCUAAAAAAAUCUGUUAAAUGAGGCAUAAGGUUAGGUCCAACGCACGUAAAUGAAGUGGUAUGAGGUGGACGGGUACUCUGCAAUUUAAUACUCCGAGGAGAUAAAACUAUCCCGUGAUUAGCUGCCUUGGGUCUCCGUGGCCAAAAACAUGCCGCGAUGUUGCUGACUCAAGUCGAGUCAUGGGCAUGACUCGCGCGUGAUGUUGUUAUUUGCAUAUAAAUGCGGGCAACAAACAUAAAGUGAAUGUAUUCUUAUUGAAGGGCACGGUGACAUGGAACGAGACCGUUUUGCUUUGGCCGGGCAUUUGUUGCUUUUUGCAGCACUUAUCUCUGCUGUAAGAUCACAAAUUCCACUGCCCAAACAUCCAUUAGGUUUUGUGUACCAGGGAGGUGAGUCCAGCGCUCCCAUUCAUCUCACAGCUUUUGUAGAUCUGACCUGUCCAGACUGCAAACAGGCAUGGCCGACGGUGAAAAAGAUUGCAGAUAUGUACGGGCCUAAAGUUGUGCAGUUUACGUUGCAGCUCUUUCCGUUACCGUAUCACACAAAUGCAUUUAUCGCUGCUCAGGUGAGUUUACGCUUUGACUUGAAAUCCUGUCCCUGUCAGAUAAUAAUCGAUGCUCCAAAAAAAUGUAUGUGUCGACUGCCAACACCAGUUUGCUUGGCAGCUUUGUACAUGGUAUAUUUCUGUGGAUGAAACAAUUCUUGGGGAGAUACCUUCUUUCUCUGAGGUAAAGCCCAAUUCAGCCCCAUUCUAGUCACUUUCUUGGAAAUGUAAAUUACGUAAUCAAUUCCGUUAUCCCUACUUCAAUAAUGUACUUACUUAAGGCUUUUCUUGAAUGAGCAAUACCCGCAGUUAAGUAUUGCACUUAGAAGCAAAGACAGGCCUGAUCGUUUUUAUUGCAAGUAGUCAUUUGUGUGUAAACUCCAUUUGCAUGCAAAAAAUUCUGCAAGGCACCACGCAUUUUUGGCACCAUGCUUGCAAGUUUUGGGCACCGCACUUGCGAUUACCGACGUGUAAAUGCAUCAGUACCCCAGCUUUUGGGGUUGCUGAGACUACGUCACGGAGAUAGUUGCGGUAUGGCAUAAAUAGCAGUUAUGUUGGUGACGUGCAUGGUGCUUUUUGAACUAAAAAUCUGACAGUAAAGAAUCACAGCUUGAUUUUUCAGCCAUUUCCAGUAAAGAUACAAAUGGAACAAAAGAAGUGCAAAAUUGUUACCAUUCCCAGGUGACAAAAACAUCAUUUUGAGUUGUAUGAAUGGGUAUAGGACCAAGAGGGUGGUGGAAAUUAAGCCUAUAAUGAGUAGUCAGCCAUUGGACUGUGGAUUGCAGACUGCAGACCAAGGUUAAAAUGAAGACCAAAUGUAGACUGCACAAGUCUGAGAGUAAAAUGCAGGGUAAACAUAGGCUCAAAAUGUAGAAUAAGGACUGACCAACUGAUAAGCAUAACACUGUGUACUUGUUAUUGAGAGCAAACCUCAGAAGUAUGCAAAUAUAUUGAAAAUUAAAGCUGUCCCAUUCUAGUAAAUGUUCUUUUGAGAAAAUUAUUCCAUUUUUGUGUUCAGCUUUCUUCCUAGUCUUGGAAGCUUUGGAAAAAAACCUUUUUUUCUUCUUUACUUGAUUCACUAAAGACCUUUUCUCGUUUCCUGCUUUCAGAGUGUCUACGCCGUGGAAGCCUUUAACUCAUCUCUUGUUAUCAGCUGGAUGAACGUCAUAUUUGAUAACCAAGAACAACUGUACAAUUUUCAGACAAUGGACAAAGACAGAUAUGAUGUGAUCAAGUAAGUGUGAUCAAAGUCUUGGGUAAUUAAACCAACUGACUGAUUAAAACAAAUUAGUUAUUAAAACCCUUAUGUAACUGGUUAAUUGUUAACGAUAAAACUUUCUAUGGCCUCUCCCCCUGCCCCCAGGUCUUUGCCCUCUCCCCUGAAGCAGGCAACUCCUUGGGCAUUUGAACUUUAAAAGUCUGAGUUGUUUAAUUUCCAUUCCCUAGUCCCGAAAAUAAGUGCCUCACUGUCAUACAACCUUAUUUCAAGGGUUGUCUCCUACUUUGUUCCACACAGACAGGCAGGAGAGAAGACAGAGAAGGCUGGGAAUGAGGUUGACUGUCAAAAUGUCAAACACCCUGCCAUUUAAAAGUGGCAACUGCGACAGCAAAUUAAACACAAAUGAUUCACAUACAUAUUGUCAAAGCCCUUCCUCUCUGGCACUGAAUUUCUCCAACUUUACCCUAUGUUUUCCAUCAAGGUACAAAAUGAUUAUUGGUAAUAUUAAAGUGUAAUAAUGGUUACCUUGGCCACUAUCCAAAAGUUUGUCAAUUUCAGCUUUUGAAUGGCAGUCAAGCCUUUUAAGUGACUUAAAAGGUUGGGUGCCCUGAAUAUGGGGACUGAGUUUCCUUUACCCUACAAUCUUAACAAAAAAGAACUUUACAUAGGUAUCUAAUACAGUUUUUGAAAAUGUUGCCAGAGCCAGGGGUACAAGUUUAUUGAUAUUAUUAUUUUAUGCUGUUGACUGUCCCAGUAAGGAUAAUGUAUCUUUUUGAAUGAAUGUUACAUAUUGAAUGAGUGAGUGAGUGAAAAUAUGUUUCUGUACACUGUACCUGUUUAUCCUAUUUUAGCAUUAUUUCUGAUCUGGGAAGUAAGCUUAAAAUUGACAAAUCAGUCAUCAAGGAUGGUCUUUCCAAUACUAAAUUUGAUGAGAGUACAAGAAUUUCAUGGAAACAUGGCUGUUCAAGUGAGUAUUCUUUUAAAUUUGCAUAGCACUAUUUAAUAGAUUAUUGUAGUCUCCAAAACAAACAAAAGUCAUGCAAGUUUCUCUAAGGAAGAGUGGGGACAUAGUGUGUUAUUUAUAUACAUUAUUUUAUAGAUCAAAAUGGCUAAAUAUUGGCCUCAUAUUCUAUGUCAAAGAAAAACGAAAAAAAGAACAAGUCAACUCCAAAAUAAGGAAUGGCUGAAUAUUUAAUUAUUUAAUAGUCAGCUACCUUGUCUAAACAAUUUUGGUCAAUAUAGGAUAUAUUUUAUGGCCAAAAGUAAAAUAUAUCUCUGAGGUCCAGAGUGGCAAGAUAGACCCAUCUUCUCUGAUUGGCUAACCAAUCAGAACAAAGGAUUUGCAUCAUCUUAUCAUCUUAUGCACUCGCACAACCAGCCCAUAUAACAACAAUAUCUUUUUUUUACUAUUUUAAAGUUGGGGUGUAUUUUGAAUUUAAAUCAGCUGUAGAAGAAUUAAUAUGUAAAUGUUUUAUGUUUUGCUCCUGUAGAUUGGCUUUUGUUUCUUGCUGAGUGCCAAAGAUGUUUGUUGUUAUUUGUUGCUUAAUUUUAAAUAACAAUGUCCUGUCUGUAUUAUUUUAGGGGCAGUCUCUGGCACUCCAUUCUUUUUUAUAAAUGAUAUUUUUGUCAGUGAAGCUUCAGCUAGUUGGACUGUGGAGGACUGGAAGAAACUCAUAGAUCCACUGUUGAAAUGAUAGAUGGUUAAUUCAUUUCCUGCACAUGUAUAUGAAGUAUCUAUUGAUAAUUCAUAAUGUUAUGAAUUAAAUAAUAGAUCAGAAACUCAUAAUUUGCUGCAUAGGUU